AUGCAACCCCAACAAGCCGCCCCUGUGCCGCUUCCCAGGAUCCACAGGUUGAUCCCGGCUCAAGGACCCAUAACCGGUGGCGUUGAGGUUACAUGUCUGGGUCAGAACUUCGCGGAGGAUGUUCAGCUUGAAGUCGUGUUCGAUGGCGUUGCGUCUUCGUGCACGACCCGAUGGAGCGAGAAUACGCUCGUUUGUGUGUUGCCGCCGAGAGUCGCAAGCGGCGUUGUGCCCGUUUGGGUCAAAGGCUUCGAGUCUGCGCCUAAUGGUGCUGUCGAGCCUGAGGUGCUAUUCACGUACACGGACGAGAGCGACCGCCAGUUGAUGGAGCUCGCGCUGCAAGUCGUCGGUCUCAAGAUGACGGGCAAGAUUGAAGAUGCGAAGAGCGUUGCUAUGCGCAUCAUUGAGCCCGGCUCUGGUGGAGGUGGCGCCGGCUCAGGUGGCACGUACGGCGCCGGCGCCAAGGAUGUUGAGACGCUUGUGCUCGAUACGCUCGCGUUCCUCGACGCUCCCGCCACAUCUUCCUCGGGUAUACCUGUCUAUCAGGCGUUGGCACACGCAACAGGCGCCAGGCAGAGUCUUCUUCACCUGGCGGCCUUCGCCAACCUGCCUACGCUUGUGCGCGCCCUCGCACAACGCGGCGCGGACAUCGACUCGCGGGACGCGAAUGGAUGUACACCGCUACACCUCGCUGCCCAUGCUGGCGCCCGCUUAUGCGCGGCCGCCUUGCUUACCGCUGGUGCCGAUGCGGAGAUUGUCGAUGCGUGGGGCAAGACAGCGGCCGAGGUCGCCGACUUUGACCUUGCAGCCGCUGUUGAGGUGCCAGUCGAUACUGUACAGGCCGCCGAAGAGGAGGACGCAAGAGAUGACGAGAGCCAUUGGGGCAAUGCGGAGCAAGACAGCGCGGAUGAGCAUGCGCUCGUACCUCGCAGACGCAGGCGCGGACGGCGCUCGACUACCGAGCCGCCACUCGUCCUCUCUUCUUCCGAAGAGGAACGCACUCCUCUGCCGAGGUCAGAGAAGAAGGACAAGGACGAGAAGAGCGAUCACAAAGACAAGAGUGAAAAGGUCAACGCGAAACAGGCCGCAACGCUCCUCGAAGCUCUCCAACGCCGUCUCGUCCCGCAAUGGGCGACUCAGCUCCCGAUGAUCCCAAUGCAGCUCCCUAUGCCGCUCGUGUUCCCUGCGUUCUUGCAACAACCCGACGCGAACAUGACGUACAUGCGUGGUGUGCCCGCGAACGUUCGCGCGCUUUUGACACCGCAGGAGUGGAGGGCUGCGUUGGAGAAGUGGGUUCUCGCUGCGAGGAGUGUCGAGGCGGAUGAGCCGCCGCCAGUGUACACACCGAGGGCGGACGGAGAAGUUGUUGCGACGGACGAGAAGGGCAAGGCUCCUGCUCUCGCUGCACCCGCGCCCGCACCUGUCGCUGUGGUCGAGGAAGUCAUCGAGGAGGUCGAAUUCGAGCUGGAUGAGAAGCCGGAGACUAGCGCCCGCGCCGCACGUCGCGCGAAGGCUCAGAAGGCCAAGUACGACGAACGUGUCGAUGCAAGCGAGGUCGCCGCGUACGGCUAUCGCCCAGCUGAUAGGCCUGCAACACAGAAGGAGGACCGGAUGUUGUUGCUAUUCUGGAUCCCUAUUCUCAUCAUUGCGCUAGUAUGGGCAUGUGUGCAUGCUACGAGGCUUGCCGCGAACGGGGUCAGGACCGCAGCGCCGCUUAGGGCGUUCUUGCGUAUGUAA